UGGUAAAUAUCAGGAACAUAAUCUGCAUGAGUAGCACCACUGAGGUUUUUCUUUUUGCGUAUUUCAAGGAUUCUUACCAGUAACCUGCGGGACCAAAAUGGGAAUCAUGGAUGUUGAAAAGCUAAAAAGAGAUAAGAUGUGUAUUAAGUGUGAUGGCAGCUGGUAUACCACAUCUGGCUUUGAGAAGUUUGCAGGAAAAGGCUCAAAUAAAAAAUGGAAAGUCUCCAUAUUGCACGAUGGAAAACCUCUGCAGUUUUGGCUUGAGACUGGUCUACUGUUCAAGCAGGGAUAUACAAGGAAAAGAAAAAAUCCAGUGAAAAAGUCCAUCCUGGAAUCAAAUACCAAGUUAUGGAAAUUGGAGAAAGGUUUCGACAAACCUAACAGGACAUAUGUUCCCAAAAAAGAGUCGGAUGAAGAAUCUACGGGCUUCAUCAGUUCUAGGGAGACUUCAGAUGAAGACACAUCCGAUGAAGAGGCAGAAAAUGUCAGCAAGUCAAAUGGAGAUGAGCGGAACUGUCACGAUACCCGAUUCCUCCCACCCAUCCCUCUGAACUUCGAUGACAGUGAGACCACAGACGACGAGAAGACCGGUGAAGAACUCGUCGUGACAAAACCAGUUCCGAAGAUAAGGAGAAUUUGUUCAGAGUCUGACAACUCUGAAGGAUCGAGUGCCUCUGAAAAUGUAGACCCAAUAACUUCUCAAUACCUAUCGGUAAUUGAGGACCACAUUUGGGAGCCANUAUACCUGCCACUGAAAAUAAGUCUUCCUUUUCAAAAACGUUUCCUUUCAAACAUAAAUUCCACCAGAGGAGACCGAAACAGCGUCAGGAACACCUGA